UCGUUGUUAGUGAUGUCGCCUCGCAAAAAUUGCAAGAUAUCAUCAUCCAAAUCUCCAGUCAAAUGUGCGACAUCUCUUCUGUUUCCACAGCGUAAAACACCAAUCAAAAAAGCAUCAAGUUUAGCACAGUCAACUUCGACACCCAGUGGAUCAGCUGUCAAGUUAUUGUUCGAAGAUGAAGGAAUUCUGAAUAAAUCAUGGGCUGAAAUCGUUGAAGAAGAGGAAGAAAAGAAGACUAGAAGUGUUCCACACCGCCGUAAACCGUCUUCUCCAAAACGCUCUUGCACCAAACCCAAAUUUGUACGUUCAUUGGAGCUAACAGAAGCGUUUUAUAAUGGGAAUCGACAAUCGGUUAGAAUUGAAACACGCAAUCGACGUUUGGCAAAAUCAGCAAGUAAAGCAAUGUCAGAUCGUCCUGCUCGCAAACGGCAAUUCUCAGGUUCAUCGACGAUUACAGUUGAUGAAGAUGAUGCAUGUGUACAUGGAGAGUUAUCAUCUCAUCGUAAAGUCAGCUAUCCUCCCAAAAAAACCGCCAAAGCAAAUCAGUCCCCAGCUCGAGCAUGCUCAACGCCCAAGAGGACCACUCCUCAAAGGCUUGUCAAGAUUUUCAACCAGGGACUAAACAGAAGUACAAGUGAGAACAUGAAUCCAGAAACGCAAUUCGAUUACAAAUCGGUGUUUACGCCUAAAUUGGGGUGGUGCACGGAUGAAAGUGUCAUUGAACGUCGUACGAAGGAAAUUGCGAAAGCGAAGGAAAAACCCGUUUAUGCGCGGUAUUUGGCUGAGAUUCCGAAGGGACAACGUCAGAAUGAUCAUCCGAAAACCCCCAAUAAGUAUAUCAACUAUUCGAGAAGAUCUUGGGAUUCACAGAUGCGUAUUUGGAAACGUAGUUUAUACGUAUGGGGUGGUGAGGAAAUCAGUUCCAGUUGCAAUACGUCGAUUUGCUCAGAUUCUGAUCGUGAUGUCAGCGAGUUUUUCGACGAAGAGCGAGAAGAACAACAAUCAGCACAUCUUACCAAUUUAAAGGUGGAGUACCGUUCGGAAUCAGACGCAAUGGCAUCAUUGCUUGGCCAUUUCGAUUUGGAUUCGAGAACAACCAUGACAGUUAUCGCUGAAGAUGGCGAAUCUACACUCAAAGGACCAAUUCGUCCUGUUUUGGGACCACGCGAUUUUAGUGAUGGCAUCUGA